AUGCAUGUGAACGCCAAGAGUACAGGCAGAAAUGGCGGCAAAUACAACCACCCGUACGAGCCGUACGACAUCCAACUGUCUUUUAUGGAGACUUUAUAUCGAACGCUCGAUAGCAAAAAAGUGGGUAUCUUCGAAAGCCCCACAGGUACCGGGAAAACUCUAUCUUUGAUCUGCCCCACGCUGACGUGGGUGCGGGACGCGGAGAAACGGGAAUUGGACGCGAAAUUGGGCGCCAUUGAUAGCUCGAAGGGGCCUGAGUGGAGUAUCACUGCGGCAAAAGAAUUGGAAAUUGAGAAUCACAAGCUACGGGGGGAAAUAUUAGAGAAGGUUGUGGAAAAGGCCCGGCAGGCUCUGGCGAGAAAAACUCCAAAGCCUACAGGUAGACCCGAAAAACGUCCGCAUCUUGCCGAGACUCCCAAUUAUUUACUGGAAGACACGCUGCUUGAUGCUGAGACUAAGGCUCUUAUGGAGAAAAUGAAACAGCCCGACGAGGACUUGGAAGGGCUUCGAACCCCGUUCAAGAUUUACUUCACAUCCAGAACUCACUCGCAGCUGUCCCAAUUGAUUGGAGCAGUGAAACUUUUGGACGUUCCUGCCUCGUGGUCGGAUAAGUCUCAGCCUGUGCGGCUUGUCACAUUAGGAUCAAGGAAACAGCUCUGUGUCAAUCCCAAGGUGCGCAGUUUGGGAUCAGUGCAAAAAAUGAACGACAGGUGCCUUGAUUUACAAAACUCUGCAAAAAAGUGUGAGUACAAAAAGCCCGCUGAGCACCCAAAGAGUAAGGAGUUUGCCGAAAUCGUGCUGGCGGAUAUUAUGGAUAUCGAGGAGCUGGGAAACUUGGGUACUCAGCUCGAGGUGUGUCCUUAUUACCGGGCUAGAGAUAUGGUCCCAUUCUGUGAGGUUAUUGUGCUGCCCUAUCAAUUGCUGGUUCAAGCAAGUGCUCGUCAGGCGCUGAAUCUCGACAUUGCAGACUCCAUUGUUAUUAUCGAUGAAGCACAUAACUUGAUCGACGUGGUGUCGUCACUAUAUUCGGCCAAAGUAACAAAACAUGAGUGUGAUGGUGCUUUAAGUGGUUUGAAGAUCUACCAGAAAAGAGUGGGUAGUCGAUUGUCGGUGUCUAAUCGGACCAAUCUCGCUCAGACCAUAAAAGUGAUCCAAUCCCUCGCUAGCUUUUUUGAAAAGGCCACAGCUCUUCCAUCGGCAAAACCGGCCCCUGGUACAAAAAUCUCCAGAUCAGAGCUGUUUAGCGGCACGGCUGAUCUCGUUGAUCUGUACAGCCUUCAAGAGUUUCUUGUGACAUCGAAACUCGCGUUCAAGGUCGAUAGCUAUAUCCAACAAGAUACAGAGCUAUCAAUCAAACCUGAGGCAAUGUGUCUGAGCCGUAUCAUUGACUUUCUAGCUUACUCUAUCGAUCCAUUGGCGGACGGUAAGCUGUUCUAUGAUCGCACAGAAUCAAACCAGCUCUGUGCACAUUAUUUAUUACUGGAUCCAAGUAACCAGUUCAAAGAUCUAGUCGACCAGGCUCGUUGCGUUGUACUGUCUGGUGGCACAAUGGAACCAGUCAAUGACUAUUUCACGCAAUUGUUCCCUUAUGUGCCCCGCGAGCAAAUUGAAGUGUUUAGCUGUGGCCAUGUCAUUCCCAAAUCGAGCUUUAUUGCCCAGGCCCUGGGCCGUGGUCCGUAUAAUGUGGAGUUCGAGUUUACAUUCGCUAAAAGAAACGAUACUAGUAUGAUUGCGGAGCUGUGCCAAGCUAUUUACAAGAUUUCAGAGAGCGUUCCUGCUGGCGUCGUGGUGUUUUUCCCCAGCUACAAAUACCUGGACCAAGUACUUGGCCAAUUCAAAAAAAUGCCGGAAUACAAAAAGCUUGAGCGUCUCAAAAAGCUUUUCACCGAAGACAGCAGGAAGUCCGUUGACGCAAUCCUCGGAGAAUACUCACAAAAGGCACCUGAGGGUGCUCUGUUGAUGGCGGUUGUCGGCGGCAAAAUGUCGGAGGGGAUCAACUUCAGCGAUGAUUUAGCUCGCGGCGUGGUAAUGGUAGGCUUACCUUUCCCCAAUGCCUUUUCAGCAGAGCUCAUUGCUAAACGCGACCAUAUCCAGAACGGGGCGAUGGCUGCCGGCAAAUCCAAAGCGGAGGCUGCCGCAGAAGCUAGAGCCUACUACGAGAAUCUGUCAAUGAGGGCAGUGAACCAGAGUGUGGGAAGAGCAAUUCGGCAUAUCAAAGACUAUUCAAUAGUAUAUCUGCUCGAUAAACGCUAUCAACUUCCAAACAUCCAGCGGAAGCUUUCAGGUUGGGUUCAUGAUUCCCUGCAAACGCCCAGUUCAUUCGACGAAAGCAUUAGUAUUUCAAAGAAAUUCUUUGAAUCGAAAUAG